AUGAGCAGCUUUCUAGAACUGUACGAGCCUCUGGAUAUUAUCGGCAAUGGUUCAUUCGGAAUCAUUCGUAAAGUCAGAAGGAAGUCGGAUGGCCAGGUUCUUGCAAGAAAGGAGCUCAACUUCGAGAGAAUGAGCGACCGUGAUAGGAAACAAAUCGUCGCUGAAGUUAACAUCUUGAAAGAUCUGCACCACGAACAUAUAGUACGAUAUCACGACCGUCACGUCGACAGAGAUGCAGGCAUCUUGUACAUCCUUAUGGAAUACUGUGGCGGAGGAGACUUAUCCACUGUCAUAAAGCAGGCGCAAAAGUACAACCGACCCGUGCCAGAGGACACGAUUUGGAACUACUUCAUGCAAAUUUUGCUUGCGCUUUAUUAUUGCCAUCACCCUGGUAGCAAUGGACGAACAGGUAGUGGCACGUCUGAAGGUGAUGCCAAGCGGCCACAGAUUUUACAUCGAGACCUCAAGCCAGAUAAUGUUUUUCUGGACCAAUCAAAUACCGUGAAGCUUGGUGACUUCGGCUUGUCAAAAGCACUGUCCCAAGCAAACUUUGCGAAUACAUACGUCGGGACACCAUAUUAUAUGUCUCCUGAGUUGAUGCAAGAACGGGCCUACGAUUCCAAGUCCGAUAUCUGGUCUCUGGGCUGCCUCAUAUACGAGCUUUGCGCCCUGAAGCCGCCAUUCCAUGAAGCUAAGACUCAUGCAGAAUUGAGUAUAUUUAUACGGAAUGGCCGAAUACCUCCAUUGCCAAAAGGGUACAGCCAGGCGCUGUCAAGUGUCAUCAAAGCAAUGUUGAACCUUAAUCCCGCGAUGAGGCCUUCGGCAGCUCAGCUUCUCCAACACGAGCGCUUAGAGCUCGUCUUCAAGGUUUCAGAGACUGAAAAGAUGCUCACUACAGUGAAAUCACAUAAAGUAGCUGUUGUUACGAAAGAGCGGGAAGUCGCUGCUCGCGAAGCGGCCCUCGCAGAACGGGAAGCACGGCUGGCAUCCAUUGUAUCCGAAAAAGACCACGAAAUUGUCCGACUCCGCGAACUCUUGGGACAGGCAGAGGCCCUCUCAGAACAACGGCUACGUGAUGUGCGAAAACGUAUGGAGGAAGUGAUGGCGCUGCGUGAGGAAGAACUCGAACAACAUGUGCGCCAGCGUGAUCAGGAGUUAUUUGCGUGGUGGACAGCAAGAGAACAAGAGAUAAGGGCAGGGAUGAUGAAGGAACUAGAGGACAAGGUGAAUUGGGUUCGAGGGCGGGAAGAAGAGCUCGAAGCAGAGCAGGGGAAAGUGGACGAAGCCAGGCAAGAUUUGGAAAUGAGGCUGAAAGCAGCAGAAGAGACGGCUGCAAACGAAGCUAAAGGUUCAGACGAUGUUUUUCAUACUUUCCAGUUGCUGAUUGCGUCAACUGUAGGACACAAAGCCAAGACACCCCUAGAAGAAGUGAAAAACCUCCUUGCACCUCUCGCCCAGAUGACUCAAGACUGCCGUCUUCGGUCUGCCCAACGGCGGUCGCAGGACGUUUCUUUCAUGAACACAACCAUGACGCUCGAAACGCCGAUUAACCGUCCCGUCAAACCUAUCGUACCCUUUUCAGCGAUGAAAGGUGUCAUCCUGACAGACACUGGGGAACCGUUAGCAACACCUACUCCAGCUCAGCUCGUUAAGCUUUUUGUCAAAUCACCAAAAGUGAAUAUCGAGUUCGCCAAGAUAUUUGACUUUGACGAGGGGGCUGAGAGCUCCGAUGCAGAGGGGGAAGGUGAUGCCGACUUACCGCCUUCCCCGUCGAAACGAGAACGAACAAGUCCCGAGAUGACUGCCUCAGCCUCGUCAUCAAGAAACCCGAAUGUUGUCCCCCCCACACGUCUACGCAAGCCGUCCACUCGAGGAUCUGUUCGACGUGCACCUCUCCGGAGAACUGCGACUCUACCGGCAUCUGCCUCCGACCCUACAGGAUUCGCAUCCUCAUCACGGCCCUCGAAGUCAACAACCUCACGCACAGAGUCUACAGAUGCUUGUACGACCACAAAAACAGCACCCCCCGUCCCGACGGAAUAUGACCUUUCUGAUGAAGAAAAUUUACCGAGUCCAUUCCUCAAGCGCAUUGAACGUGAAAGAGCGAUGGCUCCUGGAACUUUUCGGACAACGAAACGUCCAGGCCCCGGCAACCUCUUGCGCGUCGUAGCAGCUGCGAACAAUGCCAAGCAGGGGAAGCAACCUCACGUUGCAGGAAUGACCGGUCAUGGCACUCGGCCGUCGCUUGCAGGUGCUCGGAAGGCGAGUGAGGAGGCACGGAAGGCAUUGUCGCGGUCAUGA